AGGGAUAAUGGAACAUGAUACAAACCAGGAAAGGUCAGGUGGUGAAAAGAGCCAUGAAAAGAAAGUAGGGUAUGGGGACAGAGUGUGGUGGCAUUCCCUGUGUGGGUGUCAGGGACCAGGUGGCAGUAGUGAAGGCCCAAUCUGUUGAGAGAGUUGCAACAAGCAUCUGCCCCGAGCUUCUGCCCUUGAGCUCCUCGCCUAGUGGAGUGUCAACGUGUGUGAUAGGUAACUGCCCUUGGAGCAGCUGGGCCCACUCUCACGGGAGCUCCCUGUGUCCGUGCAGCCUCCGAGACAAACUGCGAGCCAUUCUGCAGGCCACCUACACCCACUCCCGGAAUCUGGCCUGCUUCGUGUUUGUCUACAAGGGCCUCUGCGCCCUGCAGUCCCACACACAGGGCAAGACCUACCAGUCGCACCCGUUCCUGGCUGCCUUCAUCGGGGGCUUCCUGAUAUUUGGAGACAACAGUAACAUCAACAGCCAGAUCAACAUGUACCUGACGUCGCGUGUCCUCUUCGCGCUGUGCCGCCUGGGCGUGGAGAAGGGCUACAUCCCGGAGCUCCGGUGGGACCCGUUCCCUCUCUACACCGCAGUGGUUUGGGGGCUUGUCCUGUGGCUCUUUGAGUAUCACCGGCCCACGCUGCAGCCCUCGCUGCAGUCCUCCAUGACCUACCUGUACGAGGACAGCAACGUGUGGCACGACCUCUCGGACUUCCUCAUCUACAACAAGAGACGCGCUUCCAAGUAGGCUGCUCCCAGGUGCGCCCCCCGGCCCGGCCCACAGGCACCUGGCGAGCUCCGCUGGGCGCCCUCAGCACACCCUCCAGAGGGUCCUGCCUUCUCGAAAUCAGGCCUCACACUCCGUCUUGGCUCAUCCCAGAGCUCCAUUUGUGGAAGUAAAAGCACAGAUUUUCACGGCUCAGCAGGUACUUUGCACGGUGCCACAGAUGGCUGAGUCAGGUUGAGGAGUCCUGGACUCGAUUCCAGCCACGCUGCUGCCCUCCAUGACCAGGGCCAGGUCUCUGGGCUUCAGGGGUCCUCGAGCCCAGAAGAGGAUCCUUAGAGAGGGUCUCUUUCUGGUGGGUAUUGCAUUCUUCCACUGUUCUUCUGUAACAGAGGGCACCUGCAUGGUGGGCAGAGGGUUGCAAAUACUUUUUAAAGAAAUAUGAAGUUCCUGUCUCUGGUGUUGUAUUGGGGAAGUUCUAGAACCGCACUGUCCAGUAGAAACAUAAUUUGAGUCAUACAUGGAGUUAGAUUUUUUUCUAGGGCUGGGGAUGUAACUCAGUGGUAGGGAACUUGUCUAGCCUUUUUUUUUUUUUUUCCUAGAAACCAACAUUUAAAAAAAAAACAGAAAGAAACAGAUGGAAUUAAUUUUAAUUAUAUAUUUUGACCUAAUGAUAACAAAACAUUAUAAUUUCAACAAAUGAUUAGCAUAGUGAGAUAUUUUACCAUCUUUUUUCUUAUACUAAGUCUUCAAAAUCAGGUGUGUGGCCAGGCACAAUGGCACACACCUGGAAUCCCAGUGACUUGGGAGGCUGAGAUUGCAAGCUUGAGGACAGCCUUGGAAAUUUAGCAAGACCCUGUCUCAAAAUAAAAGAAAAAGGACUAGGGAUGUAGCUCAGUGUAGAGUGCCCCUGGGUUCAAGCCCCAGUACUCCUCCCCCCAAAAAAAUCAGUGCAUAUUUAAUACUUCCGAUACACCUCAGUUUGGAUGAGCUACAUUCCAGUGCCCAGUAGCCACAUGGAGUUAGUGGCUUCCAUAUCAAGCAACACAGAUACAGAACACUUCUAUUCCCGAAGAAGUUUCUAGUGGACAGUGCAGAUCUAGAGCUGGAGGAUAUGACUUUUGUGCUACCACUCCACUGUGAACCCUUGGGGAAGGUUCUCGACCUCUCAGAGCCUCAAUUUCUCAUAAAAUGAGAAUAAUAUAAUAAUACCCAGUGUCCACAUUGGACUCUUACAACUACAACUUCUGCCACUACUACUGGUUCCUUCCACUUAGUGAGUUCUAAUUUCCUCCUGGGUGCUUUGCAUAUUUUUAUUUUUAAUCCAAGCAGUGACAAUGCAAGUGUGUCUGUUGAUCCCCAUUUUAUGGAUGUAAAAACUGAGGGUCAGAGAGAGGAGGUAACCUGCCCAGGGAAUAUAGUUCAUGUAACAGCCAAAUCAGUAUUUGAACCCAGAUCUGCCUGAUUCCAAAACCCAUGUCUUUUUUAGUGCCUUGUUUUAAAUUUUGAUGCCAUGCCAUACAAAUAUUAGCUAGUCAUAGGAUUGAGCCCCAAAAGGGUACCAACUCAGAUGCCUGCAGUCGUCCCUAGUGGCAUAAAUGGAAAUGUUUGGGGUGCUCUGCAGUGGAAAGUGACGGGCACAGUGGAUCAGAGCCUGGGUGCUGGUGGAAUUUUUUCAAACCACUGUGCAGAACAAGCCUCCAGGAAGACAUAGUCCAUAGGCUAUCAGUCUGGGAUCCGCAGUCUACUAGGAAUACUUCCAUUAAUACACGUACCACUUCCAUAUCCUUUUGUAUCUUAGAAGUUACUAGAAAUGUCCACAAAAGUCACUAGAGAGCUUGUAAAAAUGUAGAUUCUGAUGGAUUGGGUCUGAGUUGGGGAUCAGACAGGCUCCCCCCUGCGGACUCCCAGAUGAGGCUGGUGCUCAGCCCUGAGCCCCACCCCAAGUAGCAGGGUAGUGUGGGGCAUGACAGAGCCAACCAUCAUUAUUCCCUGUGACCAGUGUGUCACAGUGUGGGGGUGACUGCGGUGGGAUCAUGUCAGAUUGGACAGGCAGUGCUCCUAGCACGGUUGACUGCAAGCUCAGGGGAGCAGAUUCUCACUGUGGAGGCGUGGGGGGGCCGGUGUGGUUGGGCCAUCUCAAAGCAGGUUGUUCUGAUGAGGUGGUGGGGAGUGUGACCUGCUCCACCUCCUCCAACCUGCCACUUCCACGCAACCAACCACCUCUCCUGUUGCCACCAUCUCCUGCCUGAGGAUUCACCUGUCACUGGGUUCCGCUUCUCCAGCUGCAGCUCCCCCUCUGGGCGGGGAAACCCUAGGCUUGAGCCCUGUGCUGGCCCCCAGAGCUCCCCAGCUGGAUGGAGCCUCAGGAGGCCACAGUGGGCUGGCUCAAAGCCACACCCUCCCUGCACCCUUUCUUGAGCCUCUGCCAGUGCUUCCUGGGGUCACUUCCCCCUCAAACCACUCAAGUCCUUGCCUCAGGGUCUGCUGCUGGGGAACCCCAAACUAAAAUUGGCCUCUGUACAGCAGGUGGAGAGGGAGCAUGACAUGGCAGUUAGGGACAUGGGCUUUGGAACCAGACCACCUCUGCUCAAGACCUGGCCUGGCCCCUCUUGGGCAAGUGACUGACCCUCCGUGCCUCUGUCUCCUCAUCUGUAAAGUAGCUUUGUAACAGCUCCUGCCUUAGGAGGGUCUGGAUGAUUAAUUGAUUCGACAUAUAAAAGUGAACACUCAAUAAACGUCGUCGUUAUUUCUAACAUGGCGUCUGAUGCAGUUGGAUGCGAGGUCCUGAGAACUGAGUGCACCCCGCUCUUAGCCUGCCCUGCUCCCUGGCUCAAAGUAAAGCCUUGGCCGCCUGCCCUCCUGGGGUCCCCCCACUGCUGUGGGGUAGGUCUGCUCCACCACCGACUGUCUCUGCUCUCUAAGAAUAGGUUUCCCUCACAGAUGGCAUCUGCCUGGAUCCUGUCGGAGCAUCUGCUGCCUCCAACUGCACACACCAGGGAGGAAGGCGGUGGGGUGGUCCCUGCCGGGGAGCAGGACUCUGCCUUCCAGCAGCCGAGGAAGAGCCCUCAGCUCCUUCUUAGCUGGGCCUCCAUUUUCUUUUUACUCUUCUUUUUUGGGAGAAUGCCAGGGAUUGAACUCAGGGGCACGCAGCCACUGAGCCACUUCCCCAGCCCUAUUUUGUAUUUUAUUUAGAGACAGGUCUCUGAGUUACUUAAGGCCUCACUAAGUUGCCGAGGCUGGCUUUGAACUCGCAAUCCUCCUGCCUCAGCCUUCCGAGCCACCGGGAUUACAGGUGUGUGCUACUGCCCAGCUGAGUCACCAUGUUCUGUGAUCUGUGAAACCGGAUGGCCAAAGGACGCUCGACACAGUAGCCACUUACUGUUCCCGAAUGCUAGCUCCUGAAACAGCAUCCUGGUUUAACCUGUAUUUAUUUAAGUCUUUUGACAUGCAAAACUAUAAAAAAAAACAAA